AGCACCGCGAAGCACCUGUCGACGCCAUGCUGCUCGCCGCCGCCUGUCUGCUGCUCCCCGCCGUCGGGGGGCAGUUCAUCAACAGCUACGCGGGCCCCUUCGACGUGGAGCUGCAGCGAGUGGAGAUCUGCCCCGGCGCCAUGAGCGGCCUCAACCUGCUCAACUUCACCCAGCGGCUCACUCGGGACCGGAAGUACCCCAAGCGGUUCUACUACACCGGCGUGGUGCAGCACUUCUUCGACGUCCUCCCCUCGCUGGCGUGGACCAUCAGGCUGAGCAGCUGGAGCUCUCGCGGCGGCUGGAAGGAGAACGCGUACCACCACACCUUCACGCGCGUCUGCGACCUGGCCAAGGCCCGCUUCAACAACCCAGUGUACCGCCGGGUCAUCCUCGCCGCCAUGGGCAGCGACUUCGUCUUCUCCUGCCCCUUCCCGGCGUCGCGAUGGGAGUUCACCGACUUCCCGGUGGACGUGACGGCGGACGAGUUCAAGGAGUUCGUCUACGGCAAGUGGCGGAUCGACAUUCAGUCGUUGGACGGCAAGACGAACACGGUGCUGUCGUGCCACCGCGAGUUCGUGGACACCGUGCCCAAGGUGCAGGGGCGGCGCGGCGCCGGCGUCCCCGCCGAGGCCAACUACAGCGGCACGAGUGUCAAGAUAGGCCCCAUCAUUUGCACCCGCACGUUGUCCCCAAUCAACGACGCGGAAAAACGCGAGGCGUUUAUGUUUCUUGAGCAAACCAGGCUUCGCACGGGGAGCGCUUGCUGCAGCGUCCUGGGGCUGUUCACCCUCGACAGAGCCACCAUGUUUCAAGUGCUGUCGAACGUGUUUUCGUACUUCGUCGUCGUGUUACAAAUGUCAAACUGGUUUGACUUGGAAGUAGCGCAGGCCGCAGAAGAUGGUCCACUGUGAAGUGAAAGAACACGUGAGGAGCGCCUGCGAAGGGUUGGGUAGGCCGCACGCAGCGGCCGCAAGUUCGGCGGGCUAGUCUACCCUAGUACCAUUACCAUUAAGGGCUAGACCACACAUGAUCGUAGUCUACCCGCCCCGACCGCAGGCGCUCCCCGAAGCCAGCCGGCCUAGAUCCUAGAUUUCUUUCCAAAUGAGCUCUGAUGUGUGUGAAAAUAUGUAGUGAUUGGCUCAGAUUUGUUUAUUGCGUGUAUUGAACAAUGCAAACGCCAAUAAAGCAGUAUAUGAGAGA